AACUAGUUGUUAGCUAGAGCUAGCAACUCAGUGAGCUAGCUCGCUGAACAUUUUUACACGGGUUCUGUUUACGCCAAGAAAUAGCUGUCGGUUAUUAUAAGAUGGGACCAAUAAUCCCGCCAUAUGCAUAUCGCCAUUUAAUGCCAAAGAGGAUGGCUAACUUUGAGAAAACAGCGAGUGACAGUACACAGUGAAGCUACAGUUGAACAGCCGAUUGCCUUACUCGCUAGCAUCCUGAGAAGGAAAGCUCUGAGAUUUUGCAAGGACUGGAUGCGGAAGGAGGAUAUGAGGCAAGCUGGACAGCUAAUGCUAAUUGCAAGAUAUGCUGGGACCCAUAUUCGGAAAGCAAGUCACUGUUAGCAUAAUUAAUUAUUUUGUCAACCUAACUAGAGCUAACAUUAGCUAAAAUUAUUUACCAACCGACCAGCUGUUAGCUGAAAGCUAUCCAAUUGUAGGAGGAUGUUACAUUCCCUCAUCAACGAUGAAUGAUUUUCCGUAUGUUCACUGGGAUACCAAUGUGCCAAAAAGUCACACUCCUGAUUACCCUGCAAGGAUUAGGCUAGAGUUUAGCCACACUGGUUCAGGAAGUGUACACAUAGCGGCACAAAAAUAUGCAUGGACUCUCAUCCUCCACUGAGAUAUAUACAAAUCCACAACACAGAACUGUUGUCCUUGACGAAACAGUCUUGGCCACUAUGCCAUCCCCAAUGGAAGUGCCAUCAUAGAUACAAGACACUGUAGCUCAAACUGUUCCACAGUUUUUUGAGCUACUGCUUGGAGGAAGCAUUGCUGCUUUUGGUUGAACCGAAAGGUGGAAAUGGGCUCCCAAGCUCUCCAGAUAUUGCGUCAAGGUGUGUGGGCUUCACUCACGGGAGGCUGGUAUGUGGACCCCCAUCAGAGCACGUUCUCCAACUGCUUCCACCUCUACCUAUGGAUAUUCCUCCUGGCCUUCCCCUUUCUUCUGUUCAUGGCUCUUCCACCUAGUUUGGUGGUGGCAGGUGUGUACUCCGCUGUGGUGGCGGUCUUCUUCACUGCCAUUAAGGUGGUGAACUACCGGCUUCAUGCUAUGUUUGAUCUUGGUGAGAUUGUGGAGAAGAAGCAGGCCUCACUCACAGCUGAUGCCCCAAGGACAGAAGAAGGAGAUGAAGGUUCAGGAGCUCACGAUGGGACUCAGCAUGGGGACGGUCACGUUGGUGUAGAGAUGACUGUUUUUCGGAAGGUUAGCUCAACACCUCCGGUGCGCUGUAGCUCCCAGCACUCUUUGUUUGGAUUGAACCAGGUGUCGGAGUUCAUGCCCCAGCUGGAAGAUGCAGGAGGCAGUAAGGAUAUAAAGGAGUUGAUGCGGGAACAAGGAAGCAAUAAUGUAAUUGUGACAUCAGCCCACCGUGAAGUUCUUCGUCAAAGUUCCCAGGACACCUUAAGGGCUCCCAGUGUGGUCCAGUCCUGCCUUGCUGCUGCUCUUGGAGGGGAUUUCACUGGUCUCAUAGGAGUACCUGGAGUUUUAGCUGGUGUUGAAGAACCUGGAGAUUGCUUGUCAAUUCCCCCUUCACCUUCAAGUCAGGAAGAUGGCGGCGAGAAAGAACAGUUGGAAGAGUUGCCAGAACAACUUUCUAUUCAGAGUCCAGAGGACAAUGGGCUUGGGAUUUAUUCUUCUCUUGGCCCUUCUGCUGAGUCUGAAAGCCUGGGAGACACUCCCCUCAGCCCUCUUAUAAAAAGCAGUCUAAGUGAGGAGCUGAGUGAAAACCUUCUGGGUUUAGGCCUUGACCCUGGGACGUUUGCACCGGGGACAGAGCACCCCGGCAGCCGCAGUGGGGUGGCACUGGCUGCUGGAUCCACAGACAGUUGUUUCAGUGCAGGUGGUGCUACCACAGACCGUGAGACCCUUAGCACUGUUAGCAGUUACCGCAGUGAAAAAACUGAUUCAACUCAGCUGGAAAGUCCUUCAUUUAGCCAACCACGUCCUGCAGAUGGAGAGGCGCCUGCCUCGGCACCAGCUAUUGGUUGCAGUAUUGUCAACAUUACAGAGGAUAUCACAGGACAGGGUAGUAGUGAUACUGACAAUCUGUCAGACAGUGUGCUACUCCGCUCCCCUUCCAAAGAAUUCUCCGUCAGCCAGGGGCUAGACCGGACGCUUGUUGAAGGUGAAGAUUUGCCUCCUAUAACCUCUGAUGUUGCACAGCCCCGUCCACUACAGAACUCUUCCCCUUCAAGUAGUGGUCGUUCAGAGGUUUGUGACUUAGAUAGAAGUGUCCCAGUUCCUCCUCUACCCCCACCUCGGCAGGCCAAUUCAGUGCCUUCAGGGCUGGCCUUGGGUCUAGUGUGUUCUGAGCCUGCUCUGCCUAUAUCCUCUACACCCUUUUUGCUGUCUGACCAGCCUGUUAUCCAAGCCCAGCAGGUUGUACGCCCGAAAGACUUGAAGCUGCUGCGGGCCAGCGGCAGUAGCAUGGGCCACAGGCCAGGCCGAAGGAAAGCUCCAAGAAGGCGAGCUGGGGCUGGAAGCAGUAGUUUUGACUGUGGCUCUUACAGGCGUCACCACAAUCACAGACAACACAGAGAUUACAUCCCAGUACGCAACCAAUUGGGCACCAAAGCCUACAGUGAAAGUUUGUUUGAGGAUUCCAGUGAUGAGGACGAUGGUAGUGACAUCAGCGCUGGUUCUAGUAUGGGCUCACAGCGCCGAUAUAGCUCAGACGACGACGAUGAUGACUCAAGUUCCUCUACCUCCUGCUACUCCCCAGAUCUCGCUAACACUGGCAUUACGUCCCCUCUCCCCAACGCUACACAGCUGCCCACUCCUAGGGAGGGGGACUUACCUGAAACCGCUGGCCCCUCUCAUCCCCGUGCUGCUCAGCGCUCUUCAAGCACUGCCAGUGCUAAGACUCAUGCAAGAGUGCUAAGUAUGGAUGGGGCAGGUGGAGGCCAGAGCAGUGCAGCAGCUGUGCCCUCUACCCUACUGACCAUGCCAUCCACGUCCACCCCUGCACCGCGCACGCUCACCAUCUCCAAGUCCGAUCUGGAAGCCCGCACUAUACAUACUGAUGGCUACCCCGGAACACACCACCAUCGUCUAGAUUCUCUUGGAGGGUCCUGGACUGGAAACCAGAUGGGUUGGAGGGCAGGAGAGUUGAUAGAGGAGGGAGCUGUUGGAGGGGCCUUGGCUGCAGAGGAUGGAAGCAAACACGAAUCAGUCAGCAGUGUUAAGAGGACCCAGGCCAUACGCAGGAGACACAAUGCUGGGAGCAACCCUACACCACCUCCAUCAACUAUGGGAUCCCCUCCCAGUCUCCAGGACCUGCAGCGGACUCGGACUUCAUCUCAUUCACGCACCCGCACACUUCCCUCAGCCUUACAGUUUGCCUCUUCACUCCUCCUGCCCCGCAGUGGCAUCCACGAGGCCUCCACCUUCGACGACACAUCAGAGGGGGCGGUGCACUAUUUCUAUGAUGAGAGUGGAGUGAAGAGGUCUUACACGUUUGGACCCGCUGGAGGUGGUUAUGAAGACCCAGUUCAGGAAAGAGAGAGGCAGUCUCAGUCUUCAAGCUUUACCUCCACUGAGGUCCAAGAGGGGGCACCAGUCCUGUCCAUUCUGCAGCCUCGACCAGUGGUGUUACAGGGCAUGCAGGUACGCAGGGUUCCUCUGGAAAUGCACGAGUUUGAUCUUGAUCAUGAAUCUCUGCAAGAGUCCCAUGAAAACACUCUUAUGAUUGAGGAGAAAGCCAAGCCCAAACAGUACUAUCGCUUUUGGGUGCUACCAGGGAAGUGGCUGAGGGUUCGAUACGACCGUCUGGCUCUUCUAGCUUUGUUAGACAGAAACCGCCGGGUGGGAGAGAAUGUGUUUGCUGUUGUGCUGGCCAGUCUGGUGGCUUUCCUGGGGUUCCUGCUGCUGCUCCAAGGCUUUUUUAGGGACAUCUGGGUCUUCCAGUUCUGCCUGGUCAUUGCCAGCUGCCAAUACUCUUUACUGAAGAGUGUGCAACCAGAUGCAGCCUCUCCCAUGCACGGUCAUAACUGGAUCAUCGUGUACAGUCGGCCGGUCUACUUCUGCUUGUGCUGUGUGCUGAUCUGGAUUUUUGACGUAUCUGGGCGCUCUGGAAGUCUGCAGCCCUUUUCCCUCUAUGGCGUCACCUUCUUUUCUGCACACUUUCUCCUGUGUGCUAGGGACAUGCUGAUUGUUUUUGCUUUGUGUUUCCCCGUCAUUUUCCUGUUUGGGUUGCUACCUCAGGUCAACACUUUUGUGAUGUGUCUGCUGGAGCAGAUCGACAUGCACAUUUUUGGUGGAACUGCCACUACCAGCCCCCUCUCAUCUCUGUUCAGCCUCAUACGCAGCGCUCUGGUGGCUGCUCUGCUGUAUGGGUUUUGUCUUGGUGCAAUUAACGCACCUUGGGGGGAUGCCCAUGUUCCAGUGCUGUUCUCUGUGUUUUGUGGCCUACUUUUGGCCUUGUCAUACCAUCUCAGUCGCCAAAGCAGCGAUCCCACCAUCCUGUGGUCGUUGGUCCGGUCUAAAUUAUUCCCAGAACUUGAGAACAGAACACCAGAAGAACCGCCUGUGGAGAUCAAAGAUCCUCUCCCAGAGAAGCUGCGGAACUCCGUGAGCGAGAUCCUUCACUCAGACCUCGUCAUGUGUCCCCUCAUGGCUGUCAUCACCUUCGCCAUCAGUGCCAGCACCGUUUUCAUUGCUCUUCAGCCUGCUCUCAGCUUUGUUUUGUACAUCCUGGCUGGAGUCAUAGGCUUCAUCACGCACUAUCUCCUGCCUCAGCUUCGCAAACAGCUGCCAUGGUUCUGCCUGGCUCACCCUGUGCUCCGCUCCAAAGAGUACAGUCAGUUUGAGGUUCGAGAUGCAGCUCAGUUGAUGUGGUUUGAGAAGCUAUAUGCUUGGCUUCAGUGCGUGGAGAAGUAUUUCAUCUACCCGGCUGUGGUGCUGAACUCGCUGACUACUGAAGCUCGAACAGUAGGCCAGAAUCAUAAAGAGCUGGACAUCUACAGCCGAGCUCUCUUCAUCUCUGUAGCAGGCAUGAAGUUGCUGCGUUCGUCCUUUUGUACCCCGUCGCAGCAGUACGUCACGCUGUGCUUCACCACGCUUUUCUUUCAGUUCGACUAUCCCCACUUCUCAGAGACCUUCUUAAUCGAUUACUACUUCAUGACCAUUCUCUUCAGCAAGAUGUGGGACCUGCUAUACAAGCUGCGCUUUGUGUUGACUUACAUAGCCCCCUGGCAGAUCACCUGGGGCUCGGCCUUUCAUGCUUUUGCUCAACCUUUCGCGGUGCCCCACUCUGCUGUGCUUUUUGUCCAGGCCAUCUUUUCUGCUGUCUUUUCCACUCCUCUUAAUCCUGUUCUUGGCAGCGCUGUGUUUGUCACCUCAUACACCAGACCUGUAAAGUUCUGGGAACGAGACUACAACACCAAGCGGGUCGAUCAUUCAAACACAAGACUGGCCACCCAGUUAGACCGCAACCCAGGUGCCGACGACAACAAUUUGAACUCCAUUUUCUACGAGCACCUGACGCGCUCCUUGCAACGCAGCCUGUGUGGAGACCUGCUGCUCGGGCGCUGGGGGAACUACAGCACCGGCGACUGCUUCAUCCUCGCCUCCGACUACCUCAACGCUCUGGUGCACAUCAUUGAGAUCGGCAACGGCCUGGUCACCUUCCAGCUGAGGGGUCUGGAGUUUAGAGGUACCUACUGUCAGCAGAGGGAGGUGGAGGCGAUCACUGAGGGGGUGGAGGAGGACGAGGGCUGCUGCUGCUGUGAACCAGGUCAUCUGCCACACAUGUUGUCCUUCAAUGCUGCCUUUGGACAGCGCUGGCUGGCCUGGGAAGUGGCUGCCACUAAAUAUGUACUGGAGGGUUACAGCAUCAGUGACAACAAUGCAGCCUCCAUGUUGCAAGUGUUUGACCUUCGCAAGAUCCUCAUCACAUACUAUGUCAAGAGCAUCAUCUACUAUGUGAGUCGGUCCCCUAAGCUAGAAGAGUGGCUGACUAAUGAGACUAUUCAGGAGGCUUUACGACCGUGUAUUGGGGUUAACUAUGUAGACAGCGACCCCACAUUCAACUUGAACAUUGAUGAGGACUAUGACCACAGAGCCUCUGGUAUCACCCACUCGUCAUUCUGUAUGGUUUACCUGGACUGGAUUCAGUAUUGUAACAGCCGGCGUCAAACGCCGGUGACUUGUGAUAGAGACUCCCCACAUGUCAACCUCUGUUUUGGCCUUUGUAUUCUGGGAAGAAGAGCCUUGGGCACAGCCUCCCACAGCAUGUCUGCCAGCUUGGAGCCAUUUCUUUAUGGCCUUCAUGCACUCUUCAAAGGAGACUUCCGAAUCACGUCUCCCAGGGAUGAAUGGGUAUUUGCAGAUAUGGACCUGCUGAAUCGGGUUGUGGCACCAGGGGUGCGAAUGUCCCUAAAACUACAUCAGGAUCACUUUACAUCUCCAGACGAGUACGAAGAUCCAAUGGUUCUGUAUGAUGCCAUCACUGCCAACGAAGAGAAGAUGUUGAUAUCGCAUGAAGGGGACCCCGUGUGGCGCAGUGCUAUCCUGGCAAACAUGCCCUCUCUGCUCGCACUGCGCCACAUCAUGGAUGAUGGCAGCGACGAGUACAAGAUCAUCAUGCUCAACAAAAGAUUCCUCAGCUUCAGAGUCAUAAAGGUGAACAGAGAAUGUGUGCGUGGGCUGUGGGCGGGCCAACAGCAGGAGCUGGUUUUCCUGCGUAACCGUAACCCCGAGCGUGGAAGCAUUCAGAACGCCAAACAGGCUUUGAGGAAUAUGAUCAACUCCUCCUGUGACCAGCCCAUUGGCUAUCCCAUCUACGUUUCCCCCCUCACCACCUCAUACGCUGGCGGGCACGGUCAGCUCCGGUCGGUGUGGGGAGGGCCGGUCAGCCCCCACAACAUCUACACCUGGCUCAUCAGUAGCUGGGACAGAUUGCAGAAGGGCUGCGGCGCCGGCUGUAACAGCGGCGGAAACAUCGAGGACUCGGAUUGCGGAGGCGGCUCCACCUCCAUCUCCACCAAUCCAGCCAUUCACACCACACAGAGUACCCCAGCCUCCAGCUUCCCCCAGCCACAUAUCACCACUGUCCAGCCCUCCAUGGGUACAGAAAACCCAGUUGGCCCCACCCAGAGCUGGCCUCACCACCCCCAACCUCUCCCUUUAGCUCUGCUCAGCCAAACGGAGGGCAGGAUGGAGCCAAGCCUGCUCACAUCACUACAACGCACGUCCUCCAUCCAGGGGCUGCUGGGCCAGCAGCUGUCCAGCUCCCAGCUGUCCUUCAGCAGCUCCGUGGCUCCCCCACCUCUGCCCCCCUCAGAGCGCUUCUGCCCGGCUACUCUCCUGGAGAACUCAGGGCACAGAGUGGGCCAGCGGGCUGGCAGCGGACUGCACUAUGAAAGCCACUUUGGCAAAUGGAGUUUUUCUGGGAGGAAGGGCUUUAAUGGACCAGCUUCAGCGGAGGGAGAGGGAGGGCUUCAGAGCAUACGCACUCAGCCCACCCCACCUGUGCCACUACAAGAGGCCAGUCCCACUCAAGAUCCUCUUGGAGUCACUCAGAUCAUGGAUCCAAUUCCAUUGUCUUCAGGGGACCCCCCCACCCCAAGAGAAGAAUCCACAGAGCUGCCUUUACUCGAUCACCUGCGCUGAGUCUGCACUGGUGACGUUUUCUACAGCGAAAGCACAGCGUGGACCGCACCCGGCCCACCCAGACUGGACUCAUUCCAGCCUUCGGGACUCAUUCCAUCAACUCUCCUUAAACCAAUUCGGUGCAACCCUGAACUGUAAAUUCUUUUUUUCUGGCCUAGUGCAAUGCUGGCUGGAUCCGGGUCUCCACCUCACAGCCGUCUGACGGUACGCUGAGCCGCCCACCUCAGAGCAGGCCAGCAACUCUAUUCCAAAGUCAGGUUUCAUCAGGAUUUCUUUGUUUUGUUUUGUUCUUGUUUUCCUCUGACAACGGCACUCCGUGUCCCUGUGGACAACAUUUGGUUGUAACAGUAGUGACAGGCCAGAAAGGCCAGUGCAAUUAUAAGGGAUAUUUUGCUUGAGGAUUGUAUAUUUUUUUAUAUUGGAGAAUAGAGGACUGCUCCUGACUGUCGCUGGCGCGGCGCUUCUUUUACAUAACCAGUCAAAGCAAAAGGAAAAAAGAGCAUCAGUAUGUUACUGUAUGAGCAAGUGAAGGACAUGCAGAAACCACGACAAGCCUUGUUUUGUUUCUCCCCUUUCUAUCAUCCUCACUGGACCCUUUUCAAGAGCCUCCGCUUAUCAAGAGACUUCACUAUUAGGACACAUUAGGAAAUCCAGCCCUUCCUCACUCUCUGGUCUGAUUCCUGCAGCCGUGCCUCACAACAAUAACACUACUACGUUCUGUCUUAGAGCAAGCUUCAGGGAACACAAUAAUUCCCUUCCAUCCGAGCCAACAAAGUGGUGCUUUAACUGCGGCCUGAGCGCGUCCGGCUGUGACCAGACCCGACCGAAGGUGACCACGGACAGAGCCGGUCCCCAUCCAUCAGGAUCAAAUGGAGGCUAAUCCCAUUCUGUGAAAAAGAAAAAAAAAAUGUGUUGAUCACAAACCUACAAACUGGGAGUGCUAGAAACAUCAAGCCUUUUUUUUCUCUCUUUUUUUUUUUUUGUAUCUGGUGAGUGGAAUGUCUUUUGUUUUACUUGAAGCAGCCCUCUGUUUUUUUCUCUGGAUAAGCGGCCGGCAGCGCCCCCGUGUCUGGUCGGAUGCAGUCGGACAUUCUGCUCUGUGGGGGGGGAGCUGUGUUUUCUUUGCCUGCAGUAUUGUCGCGCCCCCCCCCCUUCAAACGUUACUAUACUACUGCUUCUGCAUCUCCUACUACUACUACUACACCCACUACUGCUGUUUCUGCAACACCUCCAUCCAGCGUUUUAGUUGGAGCGGAUCGAAGCUGAAUACGUACUGAGAGCAAAGGUGGACUAUUUAUUUAAUAUUGUCUCAGAUAUCUUUAACUAGGUUUGUCGUUACGACAUGCUGGUGUGUGGAAUUGGAACUCUGCCUCAUGUCGGCUGUACCCCCCCCCCCCCCCUCCCUCUGCACCACCUCUGUACCAUCUCACCAAUGUCUCUGCUUUGGAUUUGAGCUUGUAAUAUAACUGGAAGUAUUCCUGAGACGUCACUUGAAGUUGGUUUCUUUCCCAUACUUGCACACUUUUUCUUUUUCAAACCGGUGUUUAAAGAAAAGAAAAAAUAAUGAAACUAGUAAACAGGCAAACAAAAAUCUGCUAGCAGUCCCACCAGUGCCGGCCAUGAGCUGCGGUGUGGUGUGGGCAGCUCUGUCCACUCCCCCCCCGGCGUGCCAUAGCAUUAAUCCUCGCAUCCUAUUUUGUUCAAGUCAUUUCUCAAAAGCUGUGCUCCCCUGUUAGAAACUUGAAAGGAGGCCAGCAUUCUCAGGGUCUAAAACGGGAAAGAAAUUGAUUUCUCUAGCAAGAAGACUUUGUCCAAAGGAAAAAGGAACAAGAAAAAAAAAGGAAGAAAGGAGGCAUCUUUUUUUUUUUUUUUUAAGGUCAGACUUUUGUGGCAGGAUGAGUACUGGGUCACACCCGUAUUCCAAAAGAUGCCCAUGUCCAAAAGACGUCCCUCCAGCGGUCACAUCUUUUUCAGCUCACUCUUAGCUGCAGCCCCCCCCCUCCCCCCCCCCCCCCCUAACGGUGGUCCGUCGGCUUUGGAGAGGCGCUAACGGGGGAAAAGUCAGCGUCCUGAAAGAAAACACAGAACUCCCACAACUCAGGAAAAACAGAGACUUGAUACAUCAGCGCUGUUUUCUGUUUUUCUUUUCGUUCAGAGCAGCCCGGAGGUGUGAAACUGUUCUUUUUUUCUUUUUUUU